AUGCCAUCAUUUUAUCAACUCGUUUCUAGUGUUGGAUUAUUUGUUACUCCAAUUUUACCUUUAGUCCUUGGUGCACAAAGAGCUGAAAAAGCAGUUAGAGAGAAAUUAACAGAGUCUAUGGAUUUAAAGAACGCAAUGUCAAUGCCAGUAAUAGGAAGUAUUGUAUUAUUUGGAUUGUACGUUGUUAUUAAAUUCAUUUCAGCAGAUUAUCUACAAUAUUUAUUAACACUUUAUUUCAUGUUUAUUGGUGCAGUUGGAAUAAAUGAAUUUUUUUCAUUUAUAUUUGAGAAAUACGCAUCUCCAGAGAAGUUUUUUAUCACAAUCCCAUUUAUUAAUAGUAAAAUUGAAACAUCUAAAUCAGAAAUUCUUGGGACAGGAGUCGGAUUUAUAUUUUCAUUAUUAUGGGUUAUUACUCGCCAUUGGAUCUUGAAUAACUUACUUGCAUUUUGUUUAACAGUUGUUGCAAUUGGAGAACUUACAGCCCCAUCAUUUAAAAUCGCAGCAAUCAUGUUAAUUGCACUCUUUUGCUAUGAUAUCUUUUGGGUGUUUGGAAGUGAAGUUAUGUUGACAGUAGCAACUCAUGUUGACGGACCAAUCAAAUUUAUCUUCCCUAAAGACGGGAAUUUCAUCUUCACACAACAAGUUUCACUUCUUGGACUUGGUGAUAUUGCAAUUCCAGGUAUUUUUAUUGCAUUAAUGAAAAGAGUAGAUACUUCUUUUAACAAUAAGAGUCAAUAUUUCAUGGUUUCUAUGAUUUCAUAUUUCAUUGGGUUAUUAAUUACAUUCAUCGUUAUGCACACAUUUGCAUUUGGACAACCAGCAUUAUUAUAUCUUGUCCCAGCAUUAUUAAUUGGAACUAUUUCAUAUGCAUUAUCUAGAAAUGAAUUAAAACAGGUAUAUGACUAUCACGACCCUACUGAUGAGAAAGAAGAUACUUCAGAAGAAGAAGAAGAAAGAUCAGAAGAAGAAGAAGAAAGAUCAGAGGAAGAAGAUUAAAAGUAA